GUUGCAUUUGCCAAACGCGGAAACCACCAUCUUUUUCAGGACUUGGGAACAAAGUAGAAAAGCCACCCAUUCAUGGGAAAGAAAAUGCAUAGAAAGCGACACAAGUUAGAAACCCACCUUCACUGUCGCGUCACACAUCUUUUUGGCUCCUCUCUAUACAUCCCACUUUUCUUCCCUCCCAAGUUGCGUUGCUUCAAUCUUGUUGAGGCUUGUGACAAUGGCGGACGAGGUGGUUCUGCUGGGUUUCUGGCCCAGCAUGUUUGGGAUGAGGGCGAGUAUCGCGCUGGCGGAGAAGGGGAUCAAAUACGAGCAUAAGGAGGAGGACUUGUGGAACAAGAGCGAUCUGCUUCUCAAGAUGAACCCGGUUCACAAGAAGAUCCCGGUUCUCAUCCACAACGGUAAACCGGUCUGCGAGUCCCUCAUCAUCGUUCAGUACAUUGACGAGGUCUGGAACGACAGGUGUCCACUGCUGCCCUCUGAUCCUUACCAGAGAGCUCAAGCCAGGUUCUGGGCUGAUUUCAUUGAUAAGAAAGUGUGCAAAUCUUUGAGGAGCUUAUUGUUCGAAAAAGGAGAAGAGCAGCUGGAGGCAGCAAGGACGGAUUUCUUUGAAAGCUUUAAGACAUUGGAGGGGGAGCUUGGCAAGAAGCCUUACUUUGGGGGUGAAAUAUUUGGGUUUGUCGACAUUGCUCUCAUCAGUUUAUACAGCUGGUUCUAUGUGUGUGAGACUUUUGGAAAAUUUAGCAUAGAGGCAGAGUUCCCCAAGAUCAUUGAAUGGGCUAAGAGAUGCUUGCAGAAGGAUAGUGUCGCCAAAUCUCUUCCUGACGAGAAGAAGGUUUAUGAGUAUGCCUUGAAUUUGAGGAAGAUAUUUCGUUUGGAAUAGAGUAAAUGGUCUUGUGGGAUUGUUUGGUGUCUAUGUCCUGACUGAGUGUUAUGUCAGAAGAGCAUGUAUGUUUGGUGUGUUUGGUUUUCAUGUGUUGUUGUGUCCUCUUGUUUCAUGAAAUUAAUUGUACCUUUCUACUAUAUAUAGGAAUAAGAAAGACAUUUUGUUGUGGCUUUUUA